AUGGCCCCAAACACUAUGAAGGCGGUAAAUUAUGUCGGGCCGCAUCAGGUCCGCGUCCAAGAGGUCGAGAUGCCCAAGCUGGAGCAUCCGGACGACAUCAUUGUCAAGGUCACCACGGCUGCCAUUUGCGGCUCGGACCUUCACAUGUAUGAAGGGAGAACCGCUGCAGAGCCGGGGAUUACAUUUGGCCACGAAAACAUGGGAAUAGUCGAGGAACUGGGCGAAGGGGUAACACUAUUGAAGAAGGGAGAUCGCGUAGUUAUGCCAUUCAAUGUUGCCGAUGGCCGAUGCCGCAACUGUGAUGAAGGCAAAACCGCCUUCUGUACCGGCGUGAAUCCCGGCUUUGCAGGUGGUGCAUAUGGCUAUGUGGCGAUGGGCCCUUAUCGUGGAGGCCAGGCUCAGUACAUCCGUGUUCCUUAUGCGGACUUUAAUGCUCUACAGUUACCCCCGGGCACGGAACAUGAAGCCGACUUUGUUCUUUUGGCAGAUAUCUUCCCAACAGGUUGGCAUGGUGUUGAAAUUUCCGGCUUCAAGUCCGGAGAAAGCGUUGCGGUCUUCGGUGCCGGUCCUGUCGGUCUCAUGGCAGCAUAUUCAGCUCAACUACGCGGAGCCUCGCGCGUGUUCGUGGUAGAUCGUGUCCCGGAGCGGCUAGCUGUUGCAGAGAAAAUCGGCUGUAUCUCCAUUGAUUUCACCAAGGGCGAUGCCGUGGGCCAAAUUAUUCGCCUCAAUGGCGGAGAGGUCGACCGCUCCGUGGAUGCUGUUGGUUAUCAAGCUGUAGACACAAGCGGGUCAAAGGAAAAGCCCAACAUUGUCCUCGAGAACAUGAUCCGGGUUACCAGAGCCUGUGGAGGCAUGGGAGUCCCUGGCCUCUACGUCCCAAGUGAUCCCGGGGCUUCCGAUGAGGUCGCUGCGAAGGGCGCGAUUAGUCUCAGUUUUGGAAAGCUAUUCGAGAAGGAAAGCAGUUUGGGUCUCUCUCUUGCUACCGGUCAAUGCAAUGUAAAGGCAUACAAUCGGUACCUACGAGAUCUGAUCAUUGCUGGUAAGGCAAAGCCUAGUUUUGUAGUCUCGCAUGAGAUUAGCCUCGAUCAUGCGGAAGUCGCGUACCAGAAGUUUGACAAGAAGGAGGAUGGCUAUACAAAGGUGCUUAUCCAUCCAAACGGGGGAUUUGAAUCCACACCAAUAGGGCAGAUUAGUUAA